GGGUUUUCGUUUUCCUCUGCAAUUUGGGGUUGCAUAGGGUUGUGGGCAAUGGGAACAAGCGAAGGCACUCAGAAUGAGAAGAAGGAAGGUAGCAACUUGCUUGGGUCGCCGACCUUCACAGAGUUGGGAAACGGGCGUUUCAAGUGCGUAGAGACUGGGCACGAGGUCCUCUCCAAAGACAUAGCCUCCUACUCCCACUGCAAAAAAUGCCGUUUGGGUCUCAUCGAUUUCGCCUUGUCCAAUCAAAAACCCCCUCUUAACAUGUUCAAGCAAGACCCUCUCUGCCGGUCAAAGUUGAUAUGUAAGCUGACUGGUGACAAUGUCAAUAAGUCAGAGGAACAUAUCUGGAAGCAUAUGACUGGGAAAAGAUUUCUCAAUAAAUUAGAGAGAAAGGAAGAGGAAAAGUUGUCAUGUCAUGGAAUGGAAUGUGAGGAGAGCUUACAGGAGACAGAAAGUGCAGAUGAUGGAAAGGAGGAUAGAAUGCAGAAGAUGAAGAAAAAGAAGAAGAAAAAGAAUAAGGACAAGGAAAUUGAUGAGGAGAGCUUACAGGAGUCAAAAAGUGCAGAAGGUGGAAAAAAGGAAGGAAGGAAGAAGAAGAAUAAGGACAAGGGAAUUGAAGAAAUUAAAUCUGAAGUUAGGAAGUCUUCCAACGAGGAUAGUGACACAGAAGAGGAAGACUUCUGGAUGCCUCCUGUUGGUGAUCGUUGGGACCAUGAUGAUGGAGGAGAUCGAUGGGGUUCAGAGUCAGAGUCAGAGCCAGAGCAGGAAACUGAAGAGGGAGAUAUAAUUGAUGGUGCUGCUGAUGAGCAUUGCAAGGAGUCAGAAGAGUUAUCAUCAAGGACGAAAAGAAUGUCAAUAGAAAUUGGACCUAGCAGCUUUGCUACAAGAAAGAAGAAAAGUAAGAACCACCAAACUUAGUGUUUGUUGGUAAGUUAAGUUUAGUUAAGAGAAUUACAAGACAACUUUUGCAAGCAUUGCAUGACUUAAGGUAUGUUUGCCCAGGUCAUUUACAUUAUGAUACAAACCGAAUUAAUUUUUUAUUGUAUCAAGAAGCUCCUUUUUCAGUAAAUUUGUAUGUUAAGCAGCUUGAGACUGGAUUAGUUUGUAAGUCUUCAGGUUAAACAUGCAGUCAAAGCCAAGUGUGUUUUUGAUAUUAUUUAAGAUCUCAAUAGUUCUUUAUGGUCAUGACUCAAUUCUUUACAUAUUUUGGAGUCCAAGGUUCAUCUGGAUUCUGGAGUGACAAAGGGUGUAUUCAUCCGUCAUUUAAUUUUAUGAGCAUCUCAAUUUU